AUCUUGGCGCCGAGCGACAGGUGCCGGAACAAACAGGCGGUGAGAAAUCGCGGACGCGGAACCAUUUGGUGGGCAGGACUUCCGGCGGAAAAGCGGGCUAGGCUGUCUCGGAAACGCCGAGCUGGGUUCCUCUCGGGUUUUCAAGUACGGCUCCUGGGCUGUUGUUUAGACUCUUGUGAAGAUGGCUUGCGCUGCCGCGCGGUCCCCGGCGGACCAGGACAGGUUUAUUUGUAUCUAUCCUGCUUAUUUAAAUAAUAAGAAGACCAUCGCAGAGGGAAGGCGAAUCCCCAUAAGUAAGGCUGUUGAAAAUCCUACAGCUACAGAGAUUCAAGAUGUAUGUUCAGCAGUUGGACUUAACGUAUUUCUUGAGAAAAAUAAAAUGUACUCUAGAGAAUGGAAUCGUGAUGUCCAAUACAGAGGCAGAGUCCGGGUCCAGCUCAAACAGGAAGAUGGCAGCCUCUGCCUUGUGCAGUUCCCAUCACAUUAUACACUAAGCCUAACUUCUGGUUCCUAGGUAAGUCAGUAAUGUUGUAUGCAGCAGAAAUGAUACCUAAACUAAAAACAAGGACACAAAAAGCAGGAGGUGCUGACCAAAGUCUUCAACAAGGAGAGGGAAGUAAAAAAGGGAAAGGAAAGAAAAAGAAGUAACCUAGUAUCAGCAUCAAGUAUGUGGUACUACUGUAAGAGACAUGAAUGGAGACUUCUGAUUUAUAUCAGAGGGAAACAGAAGCUUUUUGUUUGCAUCAUUUAACUGAACUGUGAACGCUUGUGCCUCGCAUCUUUAUCAUCGGAGUUGACAGUGACAAAUUUACAUCAGAAGUUUGCAUCUCGCUUUUAUGCCAUAUAAAAGAAUUUUUUUGUCUUUCAAUGCAGUUUUUUUUGGAAGAAAGAAUAUUUUUAAAUGGACAAAGGACUGUACAAUAAGUUACUUGAAAUGAGUUACUUGUUUCAGAUAAAUUUCAAUUCGAUUUAAAAUAAACAUUUUGUCCACCUUUUAAGUUAAUGAAAUAAAAUUUGAAACUGACUUUUGCAA